GUCGCAACCGCUUUUCACCGUUGUCGUUUGAAAUUCGGCCCAAAAUGGCGGCCGGGAGCGGGGCUGAGGCAGCGGUGGUGGCGGCCAGGCUGGAGGGGGCGGAGGAAGAGGAGGAGACGGCGGCCGCGGCGGAGGAUGAGGAGGACGGGGAGGAAGACGGCAGCGGGGCCGGCAAAGCGGCGGUGGCUGGCGAGGAGGCCGGCGGCGGUGGGGCUGAGAGCGAGGAGGAGGAGGAAGACGUGUUCGAGGUGGAGAAGAUCCUUGACGUGAAGACAGAGGGGGGUAAAAUUCUCUACAAAGUACGGUGGAAAGGAUAUACCUCUGAUGAUGAUACCUGGGAACCAGAGGUUCAUUUGGAAGACUGCAAAGAAGUGCUGCUUGAAUUCAGAAAAAAAAUUGUGGACAAUAAGCCUAAACCUGUCAAAAAAGACAUACAGAAACUGUCUCUAAAUGAUGAUGUAUUUGAAGCAGAAUCUGACAGUGACUGGCAAAGUGAAACAAAAGAUGAUGUUUCACCAAAGAAGAAAAAGAAGAAGUCAAAAGAUGGAGAGGAUAGAAGUCCAGAUGAUCUGAAGAAGAAAAAGUCUAAGUCUGCAAAACUCAAAGAAAAACGCAAAACAGAAUGUGAAAAUUCCUCAGAUGCUUUGGUUUCAGAUUCAAAACCAAAAAAAAGGCCUUCAGAAACCAAGGAGGAUUCAAAGGACCCAAAGAAGCAAAGGAAAGAAGAUACUAAAGAAAUCAAGAAAAAGAAGGGAGAAAUUAGAGAUUUAAAAAUGAAAUCUAAAGAAGACUCUAAAGAAAAUAAAAAAUCACGGAAGGAGAAGCAAGGAGAUGUUCAGUUUGACUCAGAAUCAAGUACUCUAGAUGAUGUAUUUUAUCAGGGAACAGAUAAUGAAAAUUCAGACUUAAAUACUGAAAGUAGAGAUGAGAAACAAAAAGUAGUAAGUGGAGAAGAGAGACUGGAACAAGAAAUUGCUGAAAAGGAUUUCAUUGCUGAUAGGCAUCUUGAUGAAUCAGCAAGUAAUGAAGAUGAUAGUAUUGAUGUUAAGAUUAAAAGAAAGAAGAAAAAAAUUCAGCAAGCUGAAGAUUAUAAAGAGGAAGGUAGGAAAGUGGAAACUCAGGAUAUCUCUUUAGAGAAGAAAAGCAUACACAAAAAGCAAAAAAGUCAAGAAAAAGUAAAAAUGGUUCCUGGAGAGUUGGAGAAAAUGUCACCUGCUCCUUCACCAGUGCAGAAAGGUUUGAAACCGAGCGCUGAUGAAAGAGGGCGCAAGUCCACUGAUUCAUCUGGGGAGGAGAAAGAAGUAAAGAAAAUGGAAACAAAAGAAAAAUCUCAAAAAAGAGAGGCUGAAAAAGAAGACAAGAGCAGAAAAGAACAAAAGGGCUUAAAAAAUGGCAAGCAACAAGUCUUGAGUUUGGGUAUGGACAUGCAGUUAGAAUGGCUGACACUAGAAGACUUUCAGAAGCAUCUUGAUGGAGAAGAUGAGAAUCAUGUGUCAACAGAACCGAUAUCAAGUACUCUCCUGAGGGAUGCUGUUAAAAGUGGAGAUUAUAUGACAGUAAAGAUGGCACUUUCUUCAAAUGAGGAAUAUAAUCUGGAUCAAGAGGACUCGAGUGGAAUGACCCUAGUAAUGCUUGCUGCUGCUGGUGGGCACGAUGACCUUCUCCGGGUCCUAAUCAGGAAAGGCGCGAAAGUUAAUGGCAGACAGAAAAAUGGAACAACUGCAUUGAUACAGGCAGCUGAAAAGAAUUUUCUAACAACAGUAGCUAUUCUUCUGGAAGCUGGGGCAUAUGUGAACAUGCAGCAGAGCAGUGGUGAAACUGCUUUAAUGAAGGCUUGUAAAAGAGGGAAUUCUGAUAUAGUGCGGCUGAUGAUUGAAAGCGGGGCGGACUGUAACAUUUUGUCAAAGCAUCAGAACAGUGCGCUGCAUUUUGCUAAACAAUGUAAUAACAUACUGGUGUAUGAGCAGCUCAAGAGUCAUUUGGAAACGCUCUCAAGAGUAGCAGAAGAUACCAUCAGGGAUUAUUUUGAAGCCCGUCUUGCUUUGCUGGAGCCAGUCUUUCCAAUUGCCUGUCAUCGUCUCUGUGAAGGGCCAGACUUUUCUACAGAUUUUAACUAUAAACCCCCCCCAAGUGUGCCAGAAGGAUCUGGAAUUCUCCUCUUUGUUUUCCAUGCAAACUUCUUUGGUAAAGAAGUCAUUGCUCGGCUCUGCGGACCAUGCAGUGUACAAGCUGUGGUUUUAAACGACAAAUUCCAGCUGCCUGUAUUUUUGGAUAGUCACUUUAUUUAUUCCUUCAGCCCUACUGCAGGCCUUAACAAGCUUUUUAUACGGUUGGCAGAAGCUCCUACUGCCAAGGUAAAGCUGCUGAUAGGCGCGUACCGAGUGCAGCUGCAGUGACCUCACAGCUGCGAGCGUACUGGGCGGACUGACGCUUUUUUGGAUAUAAUUCUGAUUUCCUCUGUUUAGAGAUGGACAAAGCAGUUUGGAACUUUCUGGCACCACACUCUUAAGACUGAGUUCCCAUCUCACUGUUGCUCGUUGGCAGUUACGUAGGGAAGCGCGUGUUGGAAAGCGGUUGAAUAUGCUGCGCUGGUGGGACAGGGGUGUCAGCUUUUUUUUUUUACACUUUGUACAGAUGUAGAUGUAAGUAUUUGUGCCAAUACAUAUAAUUCUGAUUUUCUCUAACUUGUGGAGUCCAGACUGCGUAUUUCAGCUUUUCCACAAUGUGGAAUGGUGCAUAUAAGAACUAUUUAAGGUAACCACGUGAAAUGUCUUUUUUAAUAGAAAGAUCUUUUCCAUUUGUAAACUAAAAUUUUUUAAACUUACUCUAAAUGUAACAUUUCUAUGUAAAAUGCAGAACUGUCAUAUUCUUGAAGCUGUGGGCAGAAAUUACACUUUGAAGUCACUGCAUUAGAUUUAACUUAGAACUGCUGAGGGCUGUGUUCUGGUUUGAGCCUUUUCCUGCUGCUGUCUCCUGGUGAGGAAGCAGUUAUGCUGAGGGGGAUUCCCUUUGAACAAACAUGGUUGGGCCUGCAGGUGUGAGCAGAGAUGGCUGAACAUGCUGGACUGGUAGAGGAUCGCAGUCGGAUUCCUACCUACAUCAGUGUUUUAAAACUACUUUUGUAUUAGAGAAGCAACUGAUGGUUUUAGACAUCUUACCUUUUGAGUUCUUAGUCAGGUGACACAUGGGGUAACAAAUAAAAUAGCUAAACCAGAAAACUUGACACUACCCUGAAUGUGCAGGCAAUGCUUUCUGCAAGCCAGAGAGGAGAGAUGAUUUGAGAUAUUUGCAGCCUGACAGCUGAGAACAUGUCCUUUAAUUCAGAAAAUCAGUUCUCAGUGCAAAGAGCUGCUGUUUUUUUUAUUUAAAUUACCCAUUUUAUCAGAUGACAGAUGGUCCUGUGCUAUAAAAUACAAAUUUAAUACUUCUGCCUGAAGUACAGAAUAUUUUUCUUUGUAAAUUAACCAAAUUCUUAAAGUUAAGAAAAAGGGGGGGGGGAAACUAAAAAAAUAAUCGGGUUUGUGCCUUUGCUGUUCUGGUUGCCACAUGUAGUUUACACACCGCUAUGUGCCUAUGUUGGUAGCAAAACUAUUGCGGAUAAAUUCAUAAUCUGAGUGCUCACCGUCAGAAUGGUGCAGAUGUAUUAAAUAUCCUUUCAAGA